AUGGAAGUAGUUAAUAUAGGCGAAGGCCGGUAUGAACAGAGUGAAAAUGUACCGGGAAGCAGCAUUGACAGCGACGCCUCUAGCAGCGCGUUCGAGGGCAACGACAGUGAUCACUGUAGUGAAGACUUGGACAAAACAUCCGAAGGUGACUUGAAAGAAGAUCUGCAAAAGACAAUACCAGAAUGCUAUAAAUCUGAUUCAAAUUUUUCAUCACAUACCACAAGCAUCACAAACGAUGAAGAAUUUCAGGCGACGGCUCUGUGCCAAUUUAUGGAUAUUUUAAAUGAUUUAGACGAAGUUUUAGAUAAAUCUUUACUUGCGUGCCUUGAUGAUGGCACGAAAAGCUUCGAUAGUGAUGAAGAAGAUCUCAUUUGUAAAAUUAAGGAAUGCAUUGGCGAAGGUCAGGAGGAAUCUGACCAUUCAGAAGCCCAAAGUUCUCUGGACGACAAUACUCAAGUAAUAACAUGCUCCAACGUACAUCCAUCAGCACCGCCUCUAGAAGAAAUGGGCAUCACAUCCAGUGUAUCUGAAAGAUCCAAUCUCACAAGUCUUGGUCGUUCGAAAAGUUUUUCAGAACUGACUGAUAACGAUCGACAGGCUUUAGUUUCAUCAUUAGAGAGAGCAAGCACGACAGCCGACACUUUGCGUAAUUCAAUGAGGAGAUUAGACCCUAUUGUUCUGCCGGCGAUAACAGCUGAGUCGUCGUGCGAGCCUCUUACACUACCAGUGAUACUUUUCCUGGAGCAUAACAUUAACAUGCGCCCGACAAGCGCUCCCAUACAGUUACAAGUAACCGCGGCAAAUCUUAGUAGUGACGGUGCUUCGGGUCCUUUGAUUGUGGGACGUCGUGCCUUACUAAUGAAUCGCACCCUUUCCCUUCCUUCGCCGGGAGAGAGUGAUGUUACAACUGGAGAUUGGACUGGACGGAAUACAGCAAGGAGUACCGCAAGGAGCACCAGUGCAUCGAGCUCGUCCACUGAAUCGCUGAAUGUUGCUCCCAUAAUCCAAAAUGCUACAAGUGCCACUGAGGAGAGAAUUGAAGAGACUGAAGAACCUCCUUUUGGAGUUUGGCCACAUCGUAUGAGUGCCAUGUUGGCGUGCCUCAGUUGUACCGUGGGAAUAUUUAAUAUAUCUAGAUUUGCCAUAUUCAGUGUUCAUUUUGGAGCAAGCUUCAUAAUACAGUUUUUUAUACUGUCGUUUUUAAUUGGUAUACCGUUAUUCACAUUGCAUUUAUGUUUGGGCCAAGUGCUGGAGUCUGGCCCGGUGGACAUGUGGCGUAUAUCACCGAUAUUCCAAGGCGUAGGUGUUUCUCUGCUCAUUACUCAAGCCGUGAUUGGCAUGUACAGUAUAAUUGGCCUGUCUUGGAUAUUCGUUUACUUCAGAGACUCUUUCAUAACAUCAAACGACAGGUAUAAAUGGGCACUACCACAGGAAUUCAACUUUGAAGACGUUACAAAGAAUGGUACUUAUAAAAUACAGGAGACAUUGCCGCAGUAUUUUCACGAGGAAGUUUUACAGAGGAAUUUGGGGUCCAAUACAUCGUAUUUCGGCACAAUAAAGUUUCAAGUUGCAUUCAAUUUAGCUGUAGUGUGGAUGAUAGUGUUUGUCGCACUUAGUAAAGGAUUGAGGUCUUAUGGCAAGGCCGUAUACAUGCUGAUAUUCCUACCGAUUUGCGGUACUUUGGUGCUGUGUACGAAAUUGCUCACGUUAAUCCCAUACGACACUGUCAUCAAUAUAUUCGCUGAGACUGAAUGGAGCGAGUUCUUCAUUAAUAGUAAUAGCUGGGCAGCCGCUGCACAGGAAACAUUCCUAACUUGGGGCCUUCUUGGUGCCUGUAUAAUGCAACUGACAUCACAUAAGAAUGCUAAAAACAAAACGAACGUAAUGCUUCAGAAGGAAAGUGCGUGCAUAGUGGCAUUUACCUUCGCCGUGUUGUUACUGGGAUCGUUCUUAGCCAACACUUGCGUGCAAAUAUUGAAGAAUUAUGGAUACGUUUAUAUACCGGGCAGUUUUGAGACGGUAAAAACAACACAAUUCUUAUGGCCCAUCUCGGAGCCAAUGCCAGGCAACGUGGUCUCCACACCAGUUCGGUACAUGGGCCACUACGGCAGCCUAGUAGGAGUUACAGUAUGGAAGACUGGCAACAUUGCGCGCGUUCUCAGCGGGUGGCAACCCUUACAGCUAGCAACACAGAUAGUACCAGCUACCCUUGCAGUGUUACCAGCUAAUUUGCUAUCUCCAGCAUGGGCCGUGAUAUUCUACUUCAUCAUCAUAAUGUUUGGCAUCGCGCAACAACUGGCGAUAUGGCACUGCGUCAUCACUGGCAUCAUGGCGAUCAAUGCCGAAGCUCUCAAAGUAUGGGAGACUACUAUCACGUUCUUAAGCUGCGUGUUCGGACUGGCUAUGGGAUUGCUGCUUAGUACUGAUGCUGGCAUCCGCAUAGUCCACUUCAUAGACUACGUAUGGGUUGGUUCGUGGUGGCAAUGCGUGAUACAAAUAUCUUUAGCGUGUGGCGUGUUCGUUGUACGAGGUCGGCCAUACUCGCCCGAUGUGGUCGUGGCUGCGUUAUACUCGUCUCGUAGUCGACUAUCUGCUACAUUGGCUGCCCUACUCAGCUUUACAUGGACUGUUGUACUGCCUGUGUUGUUGUGUGCAAUUUGCGUGAUGGAUUUCCGAGUGGGACAACAAAAACAGAUGUACAGUUGGAGAAAACCAGCUGGCUACUGGCCAAUAUGGUGUCGUCAGGUCGCAGUGUUUCUACAACAAGGAGCUUUAUUACUGGUGCCUAUUGCCGCAUUCAUACAGACGUGGCGCUACAUGAAUAAAGGACCACCUGAUAUUCUAGAUGAUUAUCGGGCAAACGAUUGUAUUGAGGAAUUGCGUAUUCAAAAUCUUUACCGUCCUCGUAUGGGUGUGUCUCAAGAGCCUGGUUUAGCGCGUGCAGUUCCUUUGAGUACUGCAUCAGCACCAGCACCACCAGACCCACCGCCAAAGUACACACCACCGCCAUCAUACUCCACCGCUACAGGAGCAAGAUUGCUGAAUACUAUAAGAAGGAGCUUUAGAACUCUUAGAAGAAUCACAACAGCACGUACGGAACAAUCGCCUGCAGAAGACACAACGCAGCUACCAAUCACACUCAGCGAAACUGUAGAGCGGGAUGCCCUCGUCUCACUGGAGACCCAACCACCAGAGUACAGCGGUGUUUUUACCACACCAUCUAUAACCAUCACAGACGAAACCGACUCCAGAGUCACUCGACCACGUUCAUCAACAUCACGAAACUCUCUAUCUUUAACAAGAGACUACCUUCGAAGAUCAUUUGUUCGUAAAAGCGAUUCAGCUAAGAGCAUUCGUUCUAGUUUACGAAGAAGUUUCAAGUAUGGAGGUGCCUUAACUAGUAGCCACGAACAAUUGGUCCGUGGCGCUGAGCCAAUGUCUACUACUGUAGCUAUGUCUGCCGUCAGCUCAUCACACGACUCUCACAGCCGCGCCUCUGUCAUAUGA